GGAAAGAAAAGAGGCAAAGUGUUAGACCAGAAGAACGACGUGAACCAGGGGGCCGCUUUACUAGCCACGACUGCUGCGAAUUCUAUCGUACUUCUUCUUCUUCUUCUACUCUGCAUACAACUCAUACCCGUCUUUCUGCUUUGGAAAUUGGAAUCGAUCGUCUUUGUCUCCCAAAACACUUCAAUUUCCGGUGCGAAAAAUGGCAGAUGCGUACUGGAGAUUCGGCGACGUUCGGCAACAACCGCCGCCGGCAGCAGCUAUUCCGUCGCUCCUUGCUAAACGCCCUCGCUCCGAAUACGAUCCUGCAAACAGCCAUGACUUGGCUGGCUAUUAUGCUCGUGAUGAUGGAAGGGGGGGAGUGCAUCGUGUCAUCAGAGAUACUGAUCCUAUUGGAGCAUCAUAUGAUCGUUAUCUGCAAAGCGCGAAAAUUUCCGCUUAUGGUGGGGGUGAAUCUGCAAGACCUUUGACUGGUGGAAUGGCUGGACAUCCUACUGAAGAUCCACGUGUUUUGGGCAUUGGGGGAUCAGACCCUGUAGGUGCAAAAGGCAGGGCAAUGGGAGGAGUAGGAGGUGGGAGAACUGAAGUUCCUCUCCCUCCUGAUGCUUCAAGCACACUCUAUGUGGAGGGCUUACCUGCUAAUUGCACUCGACGGGAAGUGUCCCACAUAUUUCGGCCUUUUGUGGGCUAUAAAGAAGUGCGACUGGUAACAAAAGAAUCAAGACGUCCUGAUGGUGAUCCAUUGGUUUUUUGUUUCGUUGACUUUGCAAGCCCAGCCCAUGCUGCCACUGCAAUGGAUGCCUUACAAGGUUAUGUUUUCGAUGAGCUCGAACGUGAUUCGGUUACUCUAAGGCUGCAAUUUGCUCGCCAUCCUGGUGCACGGUCAGGUGGCGGGCAUCGCGGGAGACGUUGAACUCUGCACGUGCAGGACCCACUCGAAUUGUGAUAUUACGAUAGUGAGAGACGUUACGCCAGUGUUGCAGUUUCUUUCGCGAUAUCUAUGCUAGACUGCUACUCUGAACGGUGCUUUCAUUAGGACAGACCAGCUCGAAUUCGGUGGGAAUCUGUUAUUCAAGGAACAAAUAUUCGUGUUUAAAAAUGUUUUAGCCUCCUUUGCAACCUUGUUUUCUGUCCACGACGUCUCUACUGGACAACACUACUGUUAUAUGUCAUUCCUAGAUGGACAUAGUAAGGAAAACAUUCGAUUAUGUUUCGAGUUUAGAUUAUGAUCGUAUUUGGAUGUAUUUUAUUAAAAUCGCGUGAUAACAAGUCAUUAGCUAUACCUUGUCCAAUGAUUCACAUGAAUGAUGUGAAAUCAUUUGCUACUCCAGUGCUCUCACUCUCUACUUCAGUUUAAUGUGAAAAAUGCUUGGUGUUCUGUCUUCUCUAA